CGUAGUGAUUGCCGGGAGAUGUAGUUCUGCGCUGAACCCGGAAGUGGAGUCGAAGCACAGUCACAGAUUGCUCUAUCAGCUGGAGAGAUGGCUGAGGUGAGACGGCACGGGGGGCACUACUCCCACCCCCCACUGUUACCCCAUUAACAACCUUCCCCAAACACUCUCUGCAUCAGAUUAACAGCCGCACAAUGGGCACAGCCUGGAUCUAGCAAUCAUUGUAAUGGUCACCUGUUAUCAAAACAUAAUGCAAUGAGCAACCCCCCAACACUGAGCCCCCAACACUGGGCUGCCCACAGUGAGCCCCCACACUGAGUCCCACACUGGGCCCCCCACUGCCCAGCUGCCCUCACUGGGCCCCACUGCCCUCACUGAGCCCCCACUGGGCCCACUGCCCUCACUGAGCCCCCCUGCCCCACACUGAGCCCCACUGCCCACACUGAGCCCCCCACUGCCCACACUGAGCCCCCCCACUGCCCUCACUGGGCCCCCACUGCCCACACUGAGCCCCCCACUGCCCGCACUUAACCCCCACUGCCCACACCGAUCCUCCCACUGCCCCAUUUUAUAUAUAAUUAAUUUAACCCUAUGCACCUCCUUUAUAAUAACUGACAAUCUAUCUCCCUUCUCACACUUUAUAUACAGUGAUAGUCUAACCCCUUGUCCCCACUUCAUAUACAGUGACAGUCUAACUCCUUGCCCCCACUUUAUAAACAGCAACACUCUAAUCCCCAUGCACCCCUUUAUAUAGAGCACCACUCUUAUUUCCUGCAAGCCCUUAAUAUAGAGUGACACGCUAAUUCACUACAAUUGCUUUAUUUUAAGUGUAUCACUAAUCCCUGCACCAACUUUAUAUACAGUGAUUUUCUAAUCUGCUGAAUGCCAUCAAUGUAGAUUGAGGUUAUAAAACUCUGCACUCUCUUUAUAGAUUAACAUUCUAAUCUCACACAUUCCCUAUAUUUAGCUGGCAUUUGCAUUCACUACACUCUGUUUAUACAAGGCAAUUCUCAUUCUCACUGCUUGCAUGCAGGUGAUAUUUGCAAUUUGUAUGGCUCCAGAGAUGCUGAAUUCUUUGUAAACCAGCGUGAUACAUACCGUGCAAACCAAAUGAUAAAAGGUCUCCUCAUUACAUCAAGAAUCAUUAAAUGUGAUAUGAGGCCAUGCUGUGGUUAUUUAUAAAAUAUACGUGUGUAUGUAUUUUACAUAGAACUCACUGUGUCUAUUGUGUAUUAUAUAAAUCCAUGGGUAGACAGAACUACUGCUAUACUGCUGGCUCUUGACAAAGCAGAAAGCCUAUUGCAACAUAUGGAGAAAACAACUUUGAUUAGAUAUUACACCCUGAAAUGUGCCUGUGUCCCAUAUCCAAUGGUUAAGGUAACAUCCCCAGGACGUACUUGAAAACCAGAGUAAUCUGAAUGUACAUUUCCUGGUUAAAUACUUUGUUAUUAUUAGUUCCUGAAUUGAAUAAUGAAGUUGUAUAACACAUACUGUAUUUACUGCAGAUGGAGGAUAUCAACUUGAACCUCGGAGAGCUUGAUCUGACCUCUGAUGAUCUCACCAUGGACAAUGUCAGCAGUUAGUAUCUCUCCUUGUCCGUCAUAUUCCUCCUCCUAUUGCUUUCUUUUUGGCCUUGAUUUAGCUGGAUGUCUGUUAGUUCACUAUUUAUGAGCAAAAGGGUGUAGUUCUUUUUUUGUUUAUGUUUGUUUCUUCUCUUAUAGCUCAUUUUUUCUUAUCUAUUUGUUUAAUGCAUUCUCCCUCUCUCUAUAUUCAGUUCACAUUCAGGAAAAUCUAGAAGACGCUCUUGUCCAAGAAGCCCUUAAAGCUGUGAGUAACAGAUAUUACACUGUGAACAUGUGAUGUGCACAAAUACCAAAAUCAUUCAAGAAGAACACGGUAGCCAACACCAUGUGAAAUGUCAAGCCUAGUACACGCUUGUUGUGAUACAGUUUCCGUCCAAGAUGGGAUAGAGUUUAAAGGCAAUAAAGAGAGCUUCAUAAAUUGUUGGGUUGGACAUGGGUGGCUUAGCUCGGUGUUGACUAAUCCAUUCUACAAGCUCCUUCUUGAGGUCUUUCACUUCUAGUACUUAUUGUUUUUGUUCCCCUCUUAGGGUGUAGAUCUCAGACAGUACUCAAAACAGGUGGAGAUGGAGCUAGAGCAGAUUGAACACGUCUCGAUCAAAGACUGUAUCCUUCACAAACCCACUGGUUUGUUUGUUUUCUCCUUUAUGUUGGGUUUGUUUUAGCUAAGCAGACCACCAAGUCAGAUUAUCUACCAGAUAUCUUUGUUUUCCUCAACCUGUGAUAGAUAUAGAGCAGAGUCAGAACAUUGCAUCUCUCCAUAACCAGAUCAUAGCAUGUGAUGCUAUUCUUGAGGUGAGAUAUGUUACAUGUGUCUACAAUGCUUUACUUUAUUAAGCUGGGCAUCUUACAAUUGCCAAUUCUGUUUCCAUCCAUUCCUAGAGAUGCCCCUUUCCUAGUUUGUUCUUACGCUACUUAGUAUCUGUGUUAUGUUUUAUCAGUGUCUUCUCCUGACGUUGCAUGCCCUGUGCUGUAUAUUUUGACACCUUUCUUGAUUUUUCACUGAUACUGGUCUUCCUAUCCACUUGCCCUGAGUAGUGUCUUCCUUUCUUUCCUGUUUUGGACACACUAUCUCUAUUUAUUUUACAGAGAAUGGGUCUCAUGCUUGGUGGGUUUCAGUCGGAUCUCAGCUCAAUCAGCUCAGAGAUUCACACGUUACAGGAAAUGUCACUGGCUAUGAACAUUAAACUGAAGAAUAGGCAGACUGUGAGAAGUGAGCUAAGUGAGCUAGUGGAUGAGCUUAUCAUACCAAAUACAAUGAUCAGGUGAAGUGAUUUCUAGGAUCUUAUUAAGAUAAGCUUGUCGUUCAGAGUUAAGAAUGUCCACAUGUCUUGUAACACGCCUCUCACUCUUGGCUUUCUAGUGUAGUUUUGGAUGUCCCAGUUACGGAUCAGCAGUUUGUGGAGCAACUGCAGGAACUAAACAACAAGAUUAAUUAUGUGAAAGAACAAUCAUUCAGAGACACAAAGGCAUGCGCUGAUGUGCAAGAGACACUGCAGAAGCUGAAGAUUAAGGUGUGUUAAUCCUCAAUGAAGACUACUAUUUAUUUUCGUGUUUCCUCUAAAAGUUGCAUAAACUAAGUUAAUGGGCUAACGGUCUUUUAUAAACAGGAAUUUAUACACUGUUGUUUGAUUCCUUGCCUCUCUCAAUUCUCCUCCGCCAAAACUCAAGAGCUGACUUUAUAUUAGUUUGUGUAUGGAUUUAUUUAAUUUUGUUUGGUUUUACCACCCUCCUCCAAAUCUUUAUUGUAGGCAGUUUCUAAAGUUCGUGAGUUCAUCCUGCAGAAAAUCUACUCCUUCCGUAAACCCAUGACCAAUUAUCAGAUACCUCAAAAUGCACUUCUCAAAUACAGGUCAGUUCAUUGUAUUACUUAGAUUCCCCUACUUACAGAUACCCCGGGUACGUUCGUCAUAUCUCUCAGAAUUCAUUUCACACAUAAGGUUUGGGGUCCAUUCAUUGCGUCUCCCAUAAGUCGCCUGUCACAUACAGGUCAUGUAUUUUCAUCAUAUCUCCCAGCAUGCACCCUCUCUAUCACUUACCCAUGAUGUACUGGUGUGCAGCUGUAUAUUGCAUCCCCAUAAUGCAGUGCUCACUUACCAUCCUGUCUUAUCACUUUCACGUCUGUUUCAUAUGAUCUCAUCCCAUCACCCUCUCCACCCACUAACACCUUGCUCUUUGAUUACUGGGUUUUUAGGUUCUUCUAUCAGUUUCUUCUGGCAAAUGAGCGGUCAGUGGCACAAGAAAUCCAGGAUGAAUAUGUGGAGACCAUGAGCAAAGUCUACUUGUCUUAUUUCAAAUCUUACACCAGCCGACUGAUGAAAGUACAGGUGAGGAGGCUGUGAGCGGGACACAAGGGAUUUCUAUAUGAUGGAGGAUGACAUGCAUCAAACUCUAUUAAUUACCCGGUAUCCCUAUCCUCUAGUCUAAUUUCUGUCUCUGAUCUCUCAUGUUUUCCUCCUUAUCCUUCCCCCUUUCUGUUACCUAUUAACUCUCGCAUGUUCUAUUUUCUUUCAGUAUGAGGAAGUUGCAGAGAAAGAUGAUCUGAUGGGCAUUGAAGACACAGCCAAAAAGAAUAUCCUUUACAUAUAAAUAUAUAUUGCUAAACAAAUACCUGCUUUGAGAACAAAGGCAUUUUAGUUACUGUGGACUGCAGUUUCUGUGAUGCACCAUGGUAGAUGGAGUUUACCCAGUAUCCCACGAUCAUUCACUAGUGGCUGCUGCUGUAUUGAAUGCUCACUUUAACCAUAUCAUACGUAUGGCAAUGUUUGAGUGUACACUUGAAUAAUAAGGCAAAUUUAGGUAUAAUUUUGCUGUCAUUAGGGUGGUCUUUGCUUUUAUUUAUUUUCUCAAAAACCUACUAAGGUGACAUGUCUGCUUGCAUGGUGAUAUACUCCCCCCCGGCACCAUCACCUUCCAUUUUGGCGCUUGAUAGAAACUGUGCCACUAGUGUACAUUAAUGCCACAAGAAUGGAAGAGACCAUGGGAUCCUGAUAAGAUCUUCUCACACAUGCACCAUAAGAUGCUGGCAGCCAUUAAUGAGGGCUAAUUGUGCCAUUUGAAAGCUGUUUGAAGCUGUGCCUUUUGCCAAAAGUUGAGUCCAUAAUGCAAUAUAUUCUCCCCCUUUUUUUUAAUGUUGGAAUUUAAUUGACGUUUCUCCUUAACAUCCACACGCUUCUUCUCAAAGCCAGCUUUGCGUAGCAAGAACACAGUGUUUACAGUUGGUAACAGAGCUGCUAUUAUCAGUCCCACUGAACUCGAGGGGCCUAUCAUUGUGCCUCACACUGCCCAGAGGAGUGACAUCAGGGUGAGAAUUUUAUGGGACAAGGGAGGGCAACAACAGUUUAUUUGAGUUGUAUAGCAAUGCAUAGUUCAAAAACUUUGUUCUCAAUACAAAUGUGAUCUGUUUAAUAAUAUGAGUGUGAGGGGCAUUAUAACUGCAGAAGGUGAGUGUGAGUGCUGUUAAAUAGCAUUCUUUAAAUGGAUGACUGCGAACUCCACCCAGCCUCUUUACAUGCUCACACAAUUUCCUGUUUAUCCCCUUGAGGACACAUUACAUGUGUGACAUGUCAUGAUUCCUUUUUAUUCCAGAAGUUUGGUCCUUAAGGGGUUAAACUCUGCAUUUGUAUUCUUGUCUUUGUAUCCCUCUAGUAUCCCUUUGAGUCUCUGUUCCGCAGCCAGCACUAUGCUCUGCUUGAUAACAGCUGCCGCGAGUUCCUCUUCCUGUCAGAUUUCUUUCUGGUGAGCGGGUCAGCAGCUCAAGAACUCUUUAAUUCCGUCAUGGGAAGGAGUCUGACCAUGUUCCUGGUGAGUGAUCACUGAUCAAUACAAAUAUAUGAACAUUGUCCCAAUACACAGCUGUGAUCUAUAUUACACUACUUUAGGGGUAGACCCUGAUAAAUAAUGCUGAUCAUCCAAUACACAGAUGUGAUCUAUAUUACACUACUUUAGGGGUAGACCCUGAUAAAUCAUGGUGCUCAUCCAAUACAGACAUGGACAUGUUGGCUAUUUUUUGGCAGAACGUGCCAGUGAUUUAGUGUUCCUCUCUCUCCUACAGAAACACAUGGACUCCUAUGUUUCGGAUUGCUAUGACAGCAUUGCAAUAUUCUUGUGCAUUCACAUUGUACUGAGGUUCAAAGGCAUCGCCCAGCGAAGGGACAUCCCGGCUGUGGACAAGUGAGACACUAACUGAGAUAUAAUUUAGUACACACACUAUGUCACUGUGAUACUCUGAUUUCUGUUAGAUGCUUUUAUGGCUGUGUAAUAUUUCUCCUAUUCUGAGACACUGCACGUUGUAUACUAUUGUAAAUCUGCUUCCUUAAAGUAAUUGACUUUAUCUGCCACGUGGUCCUGGAAGCCCCCCAUUACUGUAUCUCUCUCAUAUGGUCCUGGCAGCCCCCCAUUACUCUAUAUCUGUCACAGGGUCUUGGGAGUCUCUUAUUCCUGCUAUUUUGUCUGUCACACAGGUACUGGGAUGCCGUCUUAGACAUGCUGUGGCCCAGAUUCCAACAUAUUCUUGAGUUGAAUAUUCAGAGCAUCCGGAACACUGACCCUCAGAAGCUGGGAAAUCUUGACACAAGGCCACACUAUGUAAAAUAUAUUUCCCCACCUACAAAGUUUUCUUGUGUAAAAAAUAAAUAAAUUAUAGACUAUAUUUCACGUCACAAAGUAAGAAAACAUUCUCCUAUACAGAAAAAGUGCAGUCGUAAAAUACAGGCAUGAAUCUUUUCUGUUUUAAUAAGCCACGUUUAAAAAAAAAAAAAAAAAAUGGUCUUCAAUGUAAAUUGGCACCAUCACGGUUUUUCUUUAAAGAGACACUCCAGGCACUACUCCCACUACCCAUAACCCUGCAAGUGUAAUUAUUGCAGUUUUUUAUAAACUGCAAUAAUUACCUUGCAGGGUGGCACUUCCUGCUUCAUUGCACAGAAACCCUGUGCUAGAGCGUUGCUGGACAUCCUCACGCUGUGUGAGGACCUCCAGCGCCGCUCAAUUCCCCAUAGGAAAGCAUUGCCGCGCGGCGGGCGUAAUGAAGAGGAGCAGCGGCGGCAACCUGAAACUACCGCCGAGGGACAUCGGCGGGGGUCUCAGGUAAGUGACUGAAGGGGUUUUCACCCCUUCAGCAACCGGGGAUUGGGAGGUGGGAGGGAGAGGGGACCUGCAGUGCCAGGAAGACGGAUUGUUUUCCAGGCACUGGAGAGUCCCUUUAAGUAGGGAAUUAUGGAAAAGGUACAAGUCAAUUGCAAGUGUCAGACAAAAGUAAUCAGAUUGGAAAAUAACGAAUAUCCAGCUCUGCUAGUUUGGGCUGAAAUUUGCCCAUGUCAAUUCUAAACAAUUCCUGGCUUAGUGAAUAACCCUGUAAAUGUUAUUUAAACUUUUAGAUUUGCCUUAAUGCAUGUAAUUGUAUAUUGCCCCAUGUUUGCCUCAGAAACACAGUUCGUAUUGCAGUAGUGUUUACUAAAGUAAUUUCAAGGCAGAUAGGCUGAGUCUGUAAUUGCAAAAUGUAUGUACACCGAGUACUGGCAUUACAUGCAUAUGUAACCAAUUUCCCCUUCCCAUUAGAUAACCCGGCGUUAUGCAGAGUUUUCAUCAGCCAUUGUUAGCAUAAACCAGACCUUUGCAAACGAAAAGACCAACGUCCUCCUUGGCCAGCUUCAGGUAAGUGGCUUUAUGCAGAAUAUUCAUUCAGUUUUGCUUGUGGUUUUAUUAAUGAUCAAGGAAUGGGUCAUGGAGUCUUCUUAUUAUAUGGAAACCAUGGCAGAAACAGACAGUACCUGAGUGUUCAGUGUAUUCACAGGCUGUCUAAUAAACCUUCUUUCUGAAGGAUUGAAAUUGGCAGUAAAAUUGUGGCCAAUCGAACCAACAUGUCCAUUUACACAGUUAAACAUUAUUUUGUGUUCUCUAGAAUCACACCUAUAUGCUUUAUAUUUACAAUAAUCAGAAAAGACAUUUUGAUUAUUAGUUUCAUUUUCUGUCCAAGCUAGUACAAAAUCUAGCCCUGGAAACAGUGUUAUAUCUACCUUAUUUCAAUCAUUCGAAUAAAGGGGAAUGUGAUGCAUACAAUGACAGGUACCCCAUGAUAAUUGUUAUUUGCAGAAGGAAUCUGUACAUUUAUUCCAUGGUGCCUUCCCCCCCUACCCCCCCAUGUCUUCCCUCACAGGUGGAAGUGGAGAAUUUCGUCCUUAGGAUGGCUGCAGAGUUUUCGGCUCGUAAGGAGCAGCUCAUAUUCUUGAUUAACAACUAUGACAUGAUGCUUGGUGUCCUAAUGGUACGUGCCCUCUGUAUAGAAAAAAAAAAUGAUCUAUUCAUUAAACAUUGCUUGGGCAACAGGGCUGAAAAUUAACAGCAAUAUAGCAUUUUUUCCCAUUGUAGCAUUUUGUAAAUCACAUUUUAGUGACUAAAUCUCUAGCAUUAUACUUUAACUUAGAUUUAUGAAGAAUAUUAAUCCAGAAUUAUAAAAAGGAAUGAGGAAUUAUAUCCUUUUUUGACCUACAAUUUUCAAAUAUAGUGAAUGAACCUAUUAAAUUCUCUAUACCUGCAAUCCACUCAUUUACUUGACAAUGUUCAUUUUAGGAACGAGCGACAUCAGACAGUAAGGAAGUGGAGAGUUUUCAGCAGCUGCUGAAUGCACGCACCCAGGUCAGUGAUUAGUCUAGGCUCCUACAAACUUAAUUUUUUUUUGUUUUAAUUAAUUGGCCCACUCUUUAUUUUCUUUCAAGGAAUUUAUUGAAGAACUCCUUUCCCCAUCCUUUGGAGGAAUGAUUGCCUUUGUGAAAGAGUCAGAAUCUAUUAUAGAGAAGGGACAGCAAGAGCGGCUGCGGAGUGAAGAGGGUGAGUUAUGCAUGCUCCAGGGUAAAGUUUACAUCUGUUAAUGGCUAGAUGUAGCAUGAAACUAAGAAAUAACAAAUCUUAAUUACUUGGCAGGCCGUGUUGCUCAGCUGGUCCGCGGAUUCUCAGCCACAUGGAAGCAAGCUGUAGAGGCACUAAGCCAGGAUGUUAUGAGGUCAUUUACAAACUUCAAAAACGGGACAAGUAUAAUACAGGUAAGGAAACCAUUCCAGCCCAAGCAGUGCGGAUAACCUUGGGAGACUGUGACUCCCAUAAUGUUUAGUGGUAGAAAUCCACCAGAUUCUUAGACUGUUAAUAAAGCAUAUCCUUUAUAACAGUGUUGGCCAUAUGUAGUUGCUUUGCUUACAUGGUGAUCUUAUCUAUUUUGCAGGGGGCACUCACACAGCUGAUCCAAUACUAUCACAGAUUUCAUAAGAUUCUCUCACAGCCGCCACUGCGCAAUCUACCGGUUUGUUCGGAGCUGAUUAACCUUCACCACCUUAUGGUUGAGCUCAAGAAACAUAAACCAAACUUCUGAGCAGUAUGACAUAUUGCCUGCCUCACUAAUACAUACUGUGCGUGGGUUAUUUUGUGGGUACCACUUCUUCCAGAUUUUUGCCAGUAACUAUAACACUAUGAUGUCUUCACCCUGUCCAGCUGUUCUUACUUUUUGCCUCUGAUUGUCCUUAAACAGCCACAAAUUAUAACUUAUUUAUGAGAAAAUAUAUUGAACUGUGUUGUAGCGGUUACUCCAGAGUGAGGCUUUGCUGUAUUUUACAUGUCUCUUUAAUGAAGAAAUAAAAGCUGCUUUGUAUAUAAAUAUACGAUAUCAAAGGAAAAUUGGAUCUUUCAUUCACAAACCAUCAGGUUAAAAAAAAAAAAGUUGUGAUCUUACAUCCACUGGAGCUUCAAAGCUUGCUAUGACUAGUUGUGAACAUUUCAGCUUAGAAAUGCAUCUCUAUUUUCAAACAAUCCAUUACUACUAAUAAAGUGCACAGGGAAUAAUGUGCUGAGUGGAACCUCUUAUCAUGGGAAACGUAGUUCAAACAUGCAUAACGGGGCUGCCAAGGAAAGUGCUCACACCAUAAGUAAUAUUCUUCUCUUAGUAGUCUAGAGGAAGGGCUAUGAUGAUGCAGAAUACACUAUAAAACUAAUGCUGUAAUGCUAGAGAACUAAAUAUUUUCAGACAGGAUAAGGUAAUGCAAUGAACGGUGUACACAAACAGUCCAGUAAAGCCAUGGGAUCAAAUUUGAAAGUCCGACCCUACUUUAGAGCCAAGAUGGCUUAUGAGACAAUAGUAAAAACUAAAGACCACGCUAUCCCCAAACCCCUCCCUUUAUAGUCAUAGAAAUAUACAUUGUUAUAGCAUAUUGCAAAGAAAUCUGUUUAUUUUAUGUCAGUGCACUAAAAACACAAAGUGAAAAUUGCGGUACCUAGUAGUAUAAAGUAUUGCAGGCCUGCCUGACAUGUUCCAAAAGCGUAUGUCAAACUUAAGUUAAUACAAUUAGUGUGGGGGAGGGGGGAAAAUUGCACAGAAAGAUAAAAUAAACCAAAACUGUACAAAGAUUCUGCUAUUGUUUAGGCCGUCAAGAAACAAUCACAGGUCUAUUCUGUAAUAAUGAUCCUAUUCCAACACGGAAUGCUCUAUUCAUUUAAUGACAGGGCUGCAGAGCUGCUGAUAGUAAAUAACAUUUAGUGCUGGUACUAGGUCUUUGAGAUGAGACUGAUGACCACGAAGAAUACCAAUGGUUCUUAAGGUGUUAAUCACAACCUCUUAAUAUUAAGUGCAAAAAUGGGGCAUUAUACCAUUGGGCCAGAGGCCCCCCAUCAUCUCACCAUUAUGCAAUUGCUAAUAAUUAAUACUCAUCUAGAUUGUACCAAGGAGAAGAAUAAAAAGCCACUUCUCUAUAACUCAUUGCAAGAUCUGUGGCACAGGCAGAGCAAAUGUCAACUUUUAAACCAAAAAUGUAAACUCUAUUCAGAGUAGGGUAAACGUUUUUAAAUGAAAGCAAAUUUGGCGAGUUAGCAGAAAUAUUUUUUUGUCUGCUGUUAACACACUGCACUGGGGGUUUAAGGUGUACACACAGUGAUAACUCAACUGGCAAUUUGAGUCACUAAUAUGGUUUUAAAUGCAUACUACAGAAGGUGGCAGGAGGUGGUAAAUCAACUCCAGAAUUGAGUGUCUCUUUAAAAGAGAAUUUAACUCACUUAGGUGACAUGGACCGGGUUUAUUACUGAUCUGCUAAUGGUUACAAGAGAGGAUGUGCUCUCUCUGCUCCCGCUAUCCCAAAGUAUUAUAAAUGAUCAAAUGUGGAGACUAGCCUUUUAUAACUAUCCGAGUGCCCUUACUUCGCCAAAAAAAAAAAAAGUACAAAUAAAAGGGUGUAUGAUAUUUUCUUGUGGUUGGAGUCUAUGCUGAAUCACAGACUUGCAAUUGGCAAAAGGAUAAAAAUCAAAACUCCAAUCUGAAUUUUAAUAAGCUCAGAGUUGCUUAGGAAUUCAAAAAGGCUGCAAUAUACAUAAAUGUAUAUUUUGAUUAAGUAUUUUUGUGAUAAUUCCUCGGCUAUACUUAGCUUGGCUAUUAAACUCCUAGCUCAACACUUUGCUGAAUAUUUAUAUAAAAUCUACAAGCUGGUAGCAUCAUAGAGUCAUGAUAGCUUCACACAGUUCCUACAGAUUGAAUGUAACUUAUCAAACUAUAUAAGUCAUAUAUUAAGUUGAGCUGUUAAAGAGAUUUGUGCCACCUACCCCAUCACACAUUUGAUCCCACCCUUUCUCUGCUAAAUGUAAUCUUCAUUGCCAAUGUGUUGGUGCCAUAAAGGAAUGACAAGCUAUCAAAGAAACUACGGUGCAUACACUGUAGUUGCUGUGAUUAACAAUAGGAAGGCUGACUGCAGAACGGUUCUCAUCCUUUUCCCUGUCACUCAACGGUCAAAACAGAUACAUAUGCAAAAAUAUACACUUAAAGAACCACUAUAGGCACCCAGACUACUUCAGCUCAAUGAAGUGGUCUGGGUGCCAGGCCCCCCCUAGUUUUAACCCUGCAGCUGAAAACAGUUUCAGAGAAACUGCUAUGUUUACACUGCAGGGUUAAUCCAGCCUCUAUUGGCUGUCUUUCCUGACAGCCAUUAGAGGCCGCUUCAGAAUUUCAGUGAGUAAAUCACACUGAAAUGACGCUGGAUGUCCUCACGGAGUCCAGCGUCAAAUAAGAUCCCCAUAGCAAAGCACUGAGUAACGCUUUCCUAUGGGUGGGUUUGAAUGCCCGCGCGUGCUUCUGGCAGAGCAUGCGCAUUUGGCUCUACUCGGGAACUGACGUUGGCAGGGGGAGGAGAGGUCACCAGCGCCGAGGAAGCUCCGGCGCUGGAUUAGCGUGAGUGGCUAAAGGGGUUUUAACCCCUUCAGGGGGACCUAUUAACCCUCUAGUGCCAGAAAAACGGGUUUGUUUUCCUGGCACUAUAGGAUCCCUUUAAAGACUAAAAGGCUUUAUGGAGGCAUGAAAUGUCCAAUUUAAUUUUGGGAGCUCAAUUGAGCAUUGCAUUUGUGAAAUAACUGGGUUAUCCCAUUUUAAAAUCGGAUAUUUAAAGAACAGUUUGUUAUGACAGUACUUACCGUAAUCGUAUCUUGAAGGAACCUUAUAGGGUCAGGAACACAAACGUAUUCAUGACUCUAUAGUAUUCAGAAACACUGUUUAGCCUCACGCCACUCUUUUAUGAAAAUAUAAUGCUAAAUUGUGUGUUUACCCUCACACAUACAUUUUAAUGAUGUCUUUAAAAUAAAGAACCUAUAAUAUGACCAAGAAGGGAAUAAUAUCAGGUUUGCCUUUUUUAUCUUCAAGAUACAUAUAAAUGAAAACAAACUGGAUAAAUAUUAAGACACUAGAAAUAAGAGGAUAGUGUGCAUUUGAAAGCAGUAAUUUUUUUAACUCUGUCAAUCCACAGUUUGGGGCCACUUUUUGUGCUCCUUGCAUUUGGGAAGUUCAUAUCCCUAUUCCUCACCUUGAAAGUGAGAUCGAUUGGUAUGGAAUGAGAUGGGGUCCUUAGGCCACUUUCCCUGCAAUUCCUGCUGCUGUGUAAUACACAGCAAUAGAAGUUCAUUUAAUGAUGGGAUGAAUCAAUGUUUUGGGGUGUUUCUCCUCAUUGCUGGUCCUUGUUAUAUUUACAAAAAUCCAAGAAUUUAAAAAAAAAAAAAAACGCACUUGGAAGGAAAAGCUGUAGAUCUCACAUCUGGCAUUCCGUUCCCCAAUUCCAGUGUUCCACUGGUAUAUAUUGCAGGUCAUACAGUUCCGGUAACCUCCAUGUUCUUUGCUCCCUGGACGGAGCACAGCACUGUUCAUGAAAUCCAGCCAGUAGGUGCUAUGAUGGUGGUACAUUCCUUCCUUUGUCCUUCUCCCAGCCCCAUUCCACCCUAUUUCUGCUCCUUAGUGGGAGCAUAAUACAGCUCCAGGGGUUUGCUCACUUUCCAAUAUUUCUCAUUAACCAGUUCAAGUGUUAACGAACCAUUCAGGGU